UCGCGUACAGCGAGGAGGACGUGUGUGUGUACACACAAGCCUGUGACGAACAACACAAAGCCGCCGGGCUAAAUCAUGUUUUGCAGAGUAAAACUGCGAAAACGCCGGUAAACGGCAACAUUAGGUGUUUAUUUCUACAGUUACACCAGAUUAUGGCGGCGUUUGUCGCCCAUCCAUCAGUGCGGGUCAGGGCUACAGAACACUCCUACGUGCCCGUGCUGUGCCAGGAUGACAAGUGUGCUGGGCAUGAGAAAGGAGUGCACAUGCACUGUCCGCUGUGUACAGUCGCCGAGGCGUACCAGGACCCCGUUAUACUCCGUGCCCACUUCCGCAUCAAACAUGUUGACAAGAGCAUCGACUUCGCUGGCUUGAAAGUGUUACGUUGCUGUAACCACUGCGAGAUCGUGGGCACCAUUAAAGGAGAGAAGAGGUUUAAAGGAGCACACUGGCACUGCUACCGCUGUAGGAACGGCUUUAACAGGAGGGACGAGGCUGUCAAGCACUACAAGACACACUUCAGAAACCCACACACCACAUUCCAAAUCCAGGUUACACAGGAUGUUAAUUGCAGGCAGUACUAUAAAGGCAACCCGGAGGCUAAUACUAAAGCGUACAGUGGGCUAGCUGUGAGUCUGGGCACUGGAAGCGACAGCACUGCUGUCAUCACACCACCAGUCCUCACCACCGGCUCAGUCACUGAGACUACCACCUUACUCACUGUUGAGCCUAAGGAAGAUGGUGAGAGUAAUGGAAUGCCACUGGGUGCUGAAGAGGAGGUGGGCUCUUCCCAGCACGCAUCAGCACGGACCCAGACUCUGGUUUUAAUGGACCCUGAUGGAAACACAGGCAACUUGAUCUAUGAUGAAGCAACAGGCAUCAUUACUGAACAGACUGAGGAGAGUUUGGACCUGCAGAAACAUCUCCUGGAGCUCAAUGAGCAGAUAGACAUAUUACGACAAGAGAAAGAGAGUGUAGAGAAGAGUCUACGGUCUGAAAUUAAGCAGCUGAAAGAACAGAUUGCAAGUCUGGUUCAGUCUAACGUGAAGAUGUUCGAGGAGCUGCAGGUGUACCGCUGUCCAGACCACAGUCAGCAGAGACUGGCCAAACUGAUGGAGAGUCUGCAGACUCAGCACAAAGAGCUACUACAGGCCCAGCUGGCUUCACUGAGGCAGGAAAUCCUCUCCCAGGCCAGCACCAUUCCACUCAAUGGCCACACAGAAGCGCUAGAACUUGACUCCGGUGGGGACCAAUCGCAGGACCAGGUGGAGGUAGAGGUGCAGGGGACUAUAGUAGGCGGGAUAACGGGACUGGAGAUCAUAGGGGUUCCACUACAGCCAGAGCAGGUUGAACUGAGAGGGCAGCUUGUGGAGUUUGGACCUCAGGAGGACACGCUUUCCAGUCUGGAAAGCCCAAGAUCAGACACAGCACUGACCCAGGACCUGGAGGUUAAACAAGACCUUUCUCUGGUGUCUAGGAAACGAAGCUCUGAGGAGGAAAGUGGAGGGACAAGUGAAGGCAAAGUCCCUCGUGUUAGUUAAUGCUAACAAGACUUAAAAAAAAAAAAAAAAAAAAAAAAAAAAAACAUUCACAGACCUGACUUUUCUCUCUGGUUCUUGGAUACUAAGGCUAUAUUCACAUUUCCCUCAUAACAUAUCUGAUAGCUACUUUGUCUUCUCCUGAAAGUACUGUAUGAUUAUACUCAGUACCAAUAUAAUUUUAAAGGUCAAUACACUAGUUUUACAUUGGCUUGUACUUCACAUAUUUGUUACAACAAAUGCAAUCCAUACAUUCUACAAUAUUUAAAAAAAAAAAUGUUUUUAUUUCUUUACUGUCCUUGACUGUCCAUAAUUAUAGGCCUAUGAAAACUGUGCUUAGCUUUUUCCUUUCUGAUUCAAGUUCUACAUAUCGGCAUUCUGUGAUAUUCAUCAGGAUCUAAUCGGUUUACACUAAAGUUAGUUUGUUUAAUGUGUCUGUAAAUGUAUACAGAUGAUUGAUAAUAGCACAGUUAUUUAUUUGUGUAGUGCAAACCAACUAGUUGAAUCAAGCCAUUAUACAUUAUAGUUUGUCUUCAUUCUUUGGUCCAAUAUUUGAGAAUUGUCAGACAUUUGUCAGAAAUUUGCAGCCCCCUUAAAUAUGAUAAUUUACCAUUUCUGCUGUCCACAUUUCAUUGUUUCAUUUUUGAUAAAUAGAAUAAAAAAUAUAAUUAAAUGCA